AUGUUCCAGUUCCACAAAGAUGAGAUCGCGAGAAGCAUCGAGUGGGACCCUAAAGGUUUUCAAUUUAUCGAGGCCUGGAGUUUCCCGAAUGUAAAUGAGGUAACAUCCUGGAACUUUCGCCACGGAUGUCUGGAAAACUCACAACUCAAAGAAUGGUUGCAACAAACGGGGAGCUUCUCAAUCCCUAGCUACCCCCUUUCUGAACAGCCAACUGGGGGUAUUAGAUUACUGAUAUGCAAUUACACUUUGUUCGAGCGCGCCUCGCUCGGGAUGUCCCGGGAGGACUACAAUUUAGUGGAAUCAAUGCUUGCCCUUCAUCCCGCCACCCUUUCAGCGCUUGAGGUAAAUGGUGGGAUGUUCUCGCGUUACUCUAGGACUGGGCAGCAGGGAGAUCGCACAUCUAUUAUCCUCAAAGCGCCUCAGAAGUACGAGAUCGCUAAUUACAUGCUUUCUCUCACACAUGAUACUUCAUCACAAUGGACCACAGCUCUCCUCGCGGGCGAGGAUAUCAUCGAUCUGUUCCCAUCAAUGGAAGACUAUCGCUCCGAACGACCAUUCAGAUUCCAAGUCCCCGGAAGAACCAUCCGGACUAGUCUUGCCGAGUCUCCUGAGUUAUGGAACAAUCCUCUCACAUUGCCAUGUAUCCUUAUCACCGAUCACCUGAAGCGAGUACAACAAUUUUGUGCAGGGUCUCUGACCCAACAGGUCAUGGUGAUCGAAGAACAUCUUGGGGUGACCAUGGUUGGCCGGAGGAACCAACCACGUUUUCGGGCGCCGACAACUAGGAAUCUCUCCAAAGAUGCGGAUAUGCUGAACCUUGGAAUACCUGUUGAUAGAUCUCAGACGCACUUUCUCACCGUUUCCAUUAACUCGAAGCUAACUAGUAUACUGUUCACGAGACGCUCCCCAAAGUGGAAUUACGAGGCGUCACAGUUUCUAUUAAACAUUAUAAAUGAAUCUUCUGGAGAAUGGCACGGCCAGCAUUCGUGCUAUAACGAAAUCAAUGAACUAAUUGAGCACAAUGUGUAUCUGGCCAAAUCUAUCCAGGAUCAUGUGCUGUGCCUUCAGGCUCGUAUGGAGCUUCAGCUCGAUGUGUUGUACAGCUUCGUGGCCCAGUCGGACAAUCGACUCAACGCACGCCUCGCCGCAUCAACUGGGAGGGAUAGUACCUCCAUGAAGAUCUUAGCAUUCAUCACAACCAUAUUUCUUCCGGGGACAUUUAUUGCGACCUUGUUUUCCAUGGACAUGUUUGACUGGAAAAGUGCCCCUUCCGAUGGCAGCCCGGCGGUGUCAUCUCAAUUUUGGAUUUAUUGGGCAACGGCAGUCCCACUCACUGCAAUCACUCUCGGGGGCUGGGCGCUCUGGUGGAAUUUCGAGAAGCACAGGUACGAUGUACAUAUGAGGGAGGCAGUGCACAGAGUAGACAAGCCGUACAGGACGUGGUGGCGGAAGAAGUGA